AUGUUGUCUUCAAGCUUUGUUGUGGCUCUUAUUGCGUCGGGCGCGUAUGCGGCGCCUCAGGCGGGGUCGUCGUUGACUUCUGCGGCUGCCUCUGCUGGCGCGAGUGCCACCAGUGCUGGAGGGUCUGAGGUGUCGUCUGCUACUGCUGCAGCUGCUUCUGCUCUGUCGACGGUACUCGGGAGCUGGCCGAGCUUGGACGACAUUGAGAAGAAGCUGAACUUGAACGACACGUACCUGAAUAGCUUGCCGCCGUCGGCGAUUAUGGUGCCGUCAUACUCGAACUUCACGUCGAGCGGGUGGAACGUCCGCUUCUACGGCCUCGUCUACAAACAACCCAACGUCUCCACCUCCGACCUCGACUCCAUAAUCGACGGCCUCAAAACCGACAACCUCAACACGACCCAACAGUCCCUCCUACAGAACCGCACCUCCGCCCUCGCCGCCAUCCCCAUAUCCAAAGCGAACGUCUCGGCGAUCGUCAAGUUCAACGGCGACUUUGUUACGCCCGAGACGGGCGUGGGGUUGAACUCGGCGGAUGAGAGCGGGGAGUUGGAUGAGUUUAGGGUUGUGCAGGGGUUGAAUGGGGAUAAGGAGGUUGAUGGGACGAAGGUUGCGGAGGUUGGGUUGUUGGAUGUCGAAGGACCUGGAAACGGCACCACGAUCCUCGUCCCCACCUCCGGCAUCUCAGUCAUAUCCGACAUCGACGACGUCCUCCGCAUAACCAAAGUCUACGUCCCGAACCAAGGCCUUUACAACUCCUUCGUCCAGCCCUACGUCAACGUGCCCGGCAUUCCCGAGCUCUUCAACACGUGGAACCAGUCCCUGCCGAACGUGUCGUUCCACUACGACACCACGACGCCGCUCGAGCUCACGCGGACGUAUGUGGACUAUCUGUUCAGCAACUACCCGCUGGGCAGUCUUGAGAUGCGCCCGGUGAACUUGAGCGAUCCUAGCCAGAUUUUGGAUGCGAGGUUGGAUAGUCUGAAGAGGUUGUAUGAGAGUUUCCCGCAGAGGAAGUUUGUGCUUGUUGGCGAUACGUCGUCUUCGACGCUGCUCUCAGCGUACCCGAACAUCACGCAGACCUUCCCCAACCAGACACAAUGCAUCUUCAUCCGCAACACCUCCUCGACCGACUCCUCCGACAAGAUCCCCUACAGCACCAAAGAAUUCCAAAACGUCAACUCGUCCCAGUACUUCUUCUACCGCACGGCCGACGAUAUCGUCAACCUGGACGUGGCGGGCGGACAGUGUGUGAACUCGAGCGUGCCGCAGAAUGUGACGUUUAGCGAGCAGGGCGGUGUGCUGGGGAAUGCGGCUUCUGCGAGGAGGCAAGGGAACUUAUUGAAGGCGCUGGCGAGCAGCCAGAAGAAAGGCGGGGAGGGAGAUGGAGAUCUCCGGGCUUUGCUUGAGCAGAUGCAGAGCGCGCGCACUGCGGGCAAGGGCGCGGAUAGUAAGCUCAAGGAGGAGUUUCAGCAUAGUCUGGAGGGAGUGUUGCUCGAGCUUAGGAGCGUGACUAUGGACAAUCACGACGCGGACGCGUUCUUGAAGCAAGUAUCAAGAAUAGACUACCCAGACUACUACGCCAAGAUAUCGAAACCAAUGGACCUCGGCACGAUGCUGAAGAACCUGAAGAAAGGCGACUACCCGACCAAACGAAUGUUCCAAGACGACCUGGACCUGAUCUGGUCCAACUGCCUGGAAUACAACAGCGCCGAGAACCACCCGCUCCGCGCCUGCGCCCUGCGCCUCAAACGGAAAGCAGACAAACUACUACAAUCCAUCACCGACAUCCGCGAACGGCAGAACCCGGAUCUGGACGCGGUGUUCCCGCAUUCGCCGUCGAGUGGAUUGGGCAGGGCGAAGGUGAACGGCGUGGCGCAUGCUGUGCCCGUUGUGGCGAGGACGCGGACGCGGACGCCGAGCGCGAUGCCGAGGAGCAGGGCGGGGAGCGGGCCGGUGGCGACUGUCGUCGGAAAGAAAGCGGAGAAGGACAGUCUGAGCUACGACGCGUGGAUCGCGAGUCCGGCGCUGAGGCGGAGCGCGGAAGGCAUGGCGCACGUGCGCGCGCUCGAGAUGCUCGUCGACGACGCAGAGUCCGGCCCCGACGCACGCGCACGCGCCAUCGAAGCUCUACGCGACUACAUCCCGCCUUCGCACGCGCAUCUGUUGAUAAACUCUGCGGCGCAUUCGCCUAUGGACGUAGAGUCGGACUCUGGAGAGGUCGGCGAGAAGCGGAAAGCGAAUGGAAUGCUCGAGCCUGAACGGCCUGUCAAACGGCAGCGCACGGAUUCGCCGGAUGUGAGCGUUGGGUUUGCGAGCAAGACGGAGGGCCCGGAUCCGUUGGAUCUGUGGUGGGCGGCUCAGAGCAGCGAUCUGUUUCUCGGGAACGCGAUGCCGCCGUCGCGGUUGUUGGCCGACAGCACGCCUUUUCCGCGGCCGUCGCCGUUUCCGCCGCAAUCUGUCGUUUCGGCUUUACCACCUCUCCCCACCGCUUCUGCAUCUGGAUCUGCAGCGGCUGCUGCAUCGCUUCCGACACCGGCCGCCUCGCAGGGUACACCUACUUCAUCGGCUACAGCAGCACCAGCCCAACUUGCGGGCAAGAAACGCAAACGGCCGCGCGCGCGUGCUGUUCCUCCACCGCGCGAAACGAGUCUUCUGGCGCGCAUGAACGCGAACAUCAACUCUAUCCGCCGCGUACGUGCAGCCCACGCACGGUUCGCCCAGAUCGUCGAAGCGGGCGAGGACGAGGCUGGUGGCGGCGGCGGAGGUGGUGGGGCGAUCGGUGGUGGAGGCGCAGGGAUCGACGCGCCUAUGGAGGUCGAGGGCGGGAACUGGACGUUACCGGGUGGCCCGUCAGGUCCGCACGGCGUCGACAUUGGAUCGACGGCCGCGGAAAGCUGCAUGCGGUGGACAUCCAGCAAAGUGCUCGAACACGUCGGCUUCGAGGGCACGUCCAAGUCCGCGCUCGACACGCUCGGCAGCGUGAUGGGCGAGUACAUAUCCAAUCUCGGGCGCACGCUCGUGUUUUACGCGGACAAGUACUCUGGGCAGAUGAGCGGCGAGGAGAUCAUUCUGCAUGCGCUGUUCGAGGGCGGGGUGCGGAGUCCGGGCGAGCUGGAGGGGUAUGUGAGGGAGGAUGUCAUUCGGCAUGGGACGAGGCUGGGCGAGCUGGAGAAGAAGGUGCAUAGUGCGUUCGGCGAGCUGGGCGGGGGCGAGGCGCUGGACGAUGUGGGGCUGUUCGGGGAGGAAGGCGCGGAGGAGGAGGAGGACGGCGCGUACGUCAUGGGCGACACGUUCGACGAGCUCGGCGAGGACUUCCUCGGCUUCCGCGAGCUGGGGAUUGCCAGCGAGUUUAAUCUGCAGAGCAACAGGAUCCCGGCGAAGCUGCUCAAGAGAAGGAGGGCGGCGGCGGAGAAGGACAAGGAUAAGAAGGACGGGCCGCCGCCGCUGCCGUAUCCGCUCCCCGAGCCGUUCGAGCCGCUCGCGACGGGGGAAAUCGAGGAGCAGAUUGGAUUGCUGCAGGGCUUUUAUCAGGAGAAGGUCGCAAGGCUUAUGGGCCCACCACCCGGAGCACCUCUACCAGAAAUGGGCGUCGUCGAUCCCGGUAUGGCCGGGCAGCCUCUACCGCAACUUCCACCGCAACCUAUACCGGGCGUGGCGAAUAUACCGGGCGUACUCCCACCUCCGAGCAUACCCAUGAAUAUACCCGGUGUCCUACCACCUCAGCCUCCAGCACAAGCACCGAUACCAGGCGUAUCCUUUGUGCCACUCGCUAUCCCUCCACCCGCGUUCAUCCCCGACGACCCGAUCCCUACCGCACGGUCUAAAGUCGGCCCGCUGGGACAGAUCGUCAGUGCGAAGCCGCCGACGGCGAAGAAGGCCAAGGCGGACGCGAAGAAGGCUGAGGAGGCCGCUGCGAAGGCCGCUGCUGCUAAUGCUGCGUCUAAUGCGAAUGCUGUCCCGGGACCGAGCGUGAUCGCGAAGAAAGAUUCGGGUCAAGGAGGACCGGGCGGGAAGGGCGAUGCAGGCGCGAGUAAGGACGCAGGAGGUGCAAAGGCUGGCGGCGCUGGCGGAGACGAGGCCAAGGAGAAAGAGAAAGAGAAGCCGCCUGCGCCCAAGAAGAAGAAGGCCGCUGCGACGCAGGAUAAUGGGCUGCCGAAGAAGAGGGGCAGGCCGCCGAAGAAUGCGACUGUUGCGCAUAGUCCGGUCGUCGCUGCGAGCGCUUAG